UCUGCAAAGCCUAACCAAGUUUAGUCUAAAGCUUUUGUAUCUGAAAUAUCCACCACAUUACGAGGGAAGCACAAAAUCACUUGUCUACACAUCAGUUUUCCUAGGCGGGUAUCUAGAUCUCCAAACAUCUCGAAAUGCAGAAGUUUAAGACUGGCUUCUGGAAAGUACCCUGGCUUUUUUUGCUUUGUUUCAUGUUAUCAAUUCAAAUAUUCAAAUCCUGUGAUCAGAAUGGAUUCUUAGAAUUUCAAGAAAUCAUUGAUAACAAGACAAUCGAUGGAUAUCUACUGGCAAACACGAACACGGUUAUUUUUGAAAAAGAUGUAUUUACCAACCUACAGUGUUUAGAUCUUUGCUUAAGAACUAAGCAGUGCGCAUCUAUUGAUGUCAAAAAGAAGAACACAAAGAGAUGCUGCAGAGUAAAUCGCGUUGCUCCAAAAUAUUUUAUCGCAGAAAACGACGACUGGACUCAUAUAAAUAUAAGCUCAAAGGCGUUAGAGGAGAUUCUUGCGACGGCAGAAGAGGAAUGUAAAGGGAUAGAGACAGAUGAAACGAGUUCCACGUUAGAAUCAUCAUUACAAACGCACAUCAACGUGACAAUGGAUGAGUAUUGCCAGACCACAGCUUUAACUGUCCAGUCAUGUGCCAAGAAGAAGAGGCAGGGAAACUGCAGUGGAGCCUGGAAGGCUCAGGAUCUUGCAGAUGGAUGGUGUUGUGUUGACCCACACAGUCCGAGUGACCACUGUUGUUGUCCUAUUCCACAAUAGAUAUCUUACUUCAUGCCAUGGUUUGGAGCCAUUCUUAGAGACUGCUUUAGGAUACUUACACACUGCUGUAACGUUAAAUGAUAACACGCAAAGCAUUGCUAUGGAAUUUUAAAUGCUCUUUUCUCUUUGUGAACAGAUGGAAUUACUUUCAUACAUCUCUGUUUCGAAGGAUUCAUUUGCUUACCAAAACAAGUUCCAUCGAAGCUGAAAGAGACCCAAAAUCGAAAGAGGUCCAUGCCAUUUGUCAGUACAUAGCCGCAGCUAAUAUUGUAAAACUCAUUUUAGCUACAAGUUUACACCCUAGAUAUUUUUCGUCCAAUGUCACGGGCGUGGGAAAAAAAAAUUCUGAGCUCCCAGGAGGAAUCGUGCCUUACACCCUCGCAUUCCGUGCUCCGAUGCUCUACCAUUUAGCCGCAACAACUAUACAGACUCCAUAAUGAGCAGUAAAUGACUUACCGUCUUUCUUAUUCAAUUUACAAAUUUGUACCUUUUUGUUUGAAAAGCUGAAAAAAAAAUUACCACGAGCAUGUUUACGUCGAAUAACCCAACAUUACCCUCCGCCCUAGCUUUCAAGGUGCAGACUGGUAAAUUUCAACAGGAAAUAAUUCUCAAAAUACUAAAAUCAAGAAAACCCCAUAUGAAGACAACAACAAAAAUUAGAAAAAAAUUAUGGAAUUCUGAAGCAGAGGCCCAGGGGUGAGUUUUAAGCUAAUGACGUCAUCGUGUAUAAGAGCCAUUUUCUCGUCCUUCAGUCGUCCUUGAGUCAUCUGGAUUCACCUUGAUUGAAAUGACUUUGAUUCCAGAAAGACAAUUUUACCAGCAAUUCCAAAGCUUUUCUUUAUUCAAUAAUAAGCAUUUAUGGAUUUACUGGA